GAGAAGAGAGAGAGAGUCAGCAAAGCAUUUGAGAAACCAGCUGAUCAGAGCUGAGGUAUUCUGCCACGGAGGGACUUGUCAGCGUGACUGGAAAUUACUAAAAGGCGAAGACGGAGAAGCAGGGUUAAAAAAAAAAGAGAGAUGAGAUGAAAGAGAGAUGUCCUCUUCUCUUCAUGUGAAUCUGGGAACUCAUGAAGAGAUGUGAGAGGGGCGGAAAUCUGAAGAAGAGAGUGAGAGGUGUACUGGAAGCCAAGCCCUGGUUACUGGUGAGUCAGCUGGAGGCUGGGGAACUUCGUCGAAUAAGGAGCGAUGUCUUGGCUGUCUCCGGUGUCGUGGGCCAAAUGGACGUGGACGGCGGUGCGAGGGGGAGAAGAGGAUGGAGAAGGGCAGGAGGCCAACGAGGAAAGGGAGCAGUGGGGAAGGAGAGAAGAGGAAGAGGAGGAGGAGAGAUCUCAAGGCAGCAGCUCGGACUCUGAGGGUCAUUUUGACACCCCUGAAGCAGCGACUCCCGUCCGCGCCCCUCAGCCCGUCCCGGGAGAGCUGGAGAACAACACCACCAAUGCAGGCAAAGCAGAUUUGGAGCAGGAGGAGAACCUGAUAGUGUCUGUUCCUGUCAGGGAUCCAGAAACUGCACUGGGCCACAACAUGGGUCAGGAUGAGCCUGUAGUCCCUGUGGGAGAUCAGCUCGAAAUAAAUGUGCAAAAUCAAGACCAAGAUCAAGCAGAGCAGCCCUCAGAAAACUUGGAUUCUUUUCCCGGUCCUGAUUCAGCCUCACUGAAGGAAGAAACUCAAAGCACAGCUCUCCUUUCUGAGCCAUUUGAAGAGACAAACUUCCUCCAUGAAGCAGACCCAGUCGCAGUUCCAGAUACUACUUUGGUGCCAGAAUUAGACUCUGUUCCAGUUAGGGAACCUUCAGUCCCAGAUCCUACUUUUAUUCAAGAACCAGACUUUGUUCCAAGCAAUGAACCUUCAGUUCAAAGUCAUACUUUUGUCCCUGAACUCGACUCAGUACCAAGCAGUGAACCUGCAGCAUCAAGUGCUUCACAGCCUCCCGAGGAGAAACCUGUUGCUGAUCUAGAGGAACAUCACAGCGAUCUCCCCAGCCUUGCAGAACCUACUCAAAAGACAAAAACCAGCAAGUCCAAGCCUCCAUCCUUCAAAAUAAAGGCUCCAGUAAGUCCUCCUCCUCAUACAGAUGAGGAACAAGAACUCCCUGUUCGCAAGGCUACGUACAACUUUGACCUCGACCAACUGGACGACAGCUUCAACCCUUUCACCAGUGGUGGAUCCAAAAUCCAGAACUCUCCUCCACCAUGUGGUUCAAGCUCUCCCCCCAGGCUAGAACCACUUGGGAGCUCAUCAUCUGCUUGUGAGUCCACCAAAAAAGCUCAAGGAGACUCAGAAAUUAUAGAUCAGUCUUUAAAGGAAAAGCCUGUGGUGCUGGAGUUUGGUCUGGGUGAAGGAAUUGUUAGAAAGCCCCCUAAAAAGAAAUUAGGAGGGAAAAGGACAACCAGCAAGACUGCUGCAAAGGAGCAGAAACCAAAAGACUCUGAGACUUUUUGCGAACCAGCACCAGAAGCGACGCAACCUGAACCGGUGUUAGAAACGGCACCAGAACCGCUUCCCCAAUCUGUUUCCGAGCCUGUUUCAGAACCACUUUCAGAACCUGUAACAACAGACUCCUCUGCACCUCUGAAUCUGGACGAUGUUCCUAUUCCCAAAACCGGAACUUAUAACUUUGACCCCAGUCAAUGGGACGACCCAAACUUCAAUCCAUUUGGUAGCAACAGCAAAGUGAGCAGCUCUCCUGUGCUCUCAAAGGGCUCAUACAGCUUCGACCCAGACAACCUCGAUGACUCCAUAGACCCUUUUAAAGCAUCAAAAUCCCUGAACAACGAGGAUUUGUCCAGCAGCACCGCCCAACCUGAGACAAAGGUAAAAGAUCAUGGCAAACAGAAGGCAAGACAGACCCCCGGGGAGAAGAAAGCGAAGCAGAUUCCAAAGAAAAACAAAGAGAGAGCAUCCACGACAUCUGAGCAAGUCAAGUUUCUCUGUUUUCUGUUGAAUUCCUGUAAAGUCCAGAAAUAUGAUGAAAGCGAGUCGCUAGUCCUCGAUGUUUGUAGUCAGGGGGAAGACGAAGUGCUGGUUCAGACUCCGGAGAUCACUCAGCGGGUCCAUCACGCCACAGACGAGGAGAAACUGGCCUCCACAGGCCUGAUUGGCCAGACGGCCGACAGUCAGGAAGAGAGAGAGGAGCAGGAAUGCAAUAAAGCAGCUGUGAAGAAACAGCCGUCCAGCGAUUUACCUGCUGUAGAUCAUAUCAAGAUUACAGAUCAUCUGCCAGAGAAGGACACCUUCAGCGUGAAAGAUGAUAUGACUGAUUUAUCAAUGCACCAGACUGCAAAACUGAGCAGCCGUGACGACCCUGACCCGGCAGCCCUAUCACAGGACGGCGUCCCUCUGACCGAGAUGGACAAAGCUGCGGUGCUGACCCUGAUCAGAGAGGAGAUUAUCACUAAAGAGAUUGAGGUCAACGAGUGGAAACAAAAAUAUGAGGAGAGCAGAGCGGAGGUUAUGGAAAUGAGGAAAAUAGUUGCAGAAUAUGAAAAAACAGUUGCCCAGAUGAUUGAGGAUCAGCAGCAGAACAAGAGCCUCUCCUCCAGUAAGUCAGUCAGGCAGCUGACGUUGGAGCGCGAUCAGGCCGUGGCCGACCUGAACUCUGUGGAGAGAUCCUUCGCAGAUCUCUUCAGGAGGUAUGAGAACAUGAAGGGAGUCCUGGAGGGCUUCAAGAAGAAUGAGGAGGUGUUGAAGAAGUGUGCGCAAGAUUACCUACUUCGUAUCAAGCAGGAGGAGCAGAGAUAUCAAACCUUAAAACUCCAUGCUGAGGAGAAACUGGACAAGGCCAAUGAGGAGAUAGCCCAGGUACGCGCAAAGGCUGAUACCGAGAGCGUGGCGCUGAAUGCGAGCCUGAGGAAGGAGCAAAUGAGGGUGGAGUCCCUUGAAAGAGCUGUCCUUCAAAAGAAUCAAGAAAUUGAGGAACUGACCAAGAUCUGCGAUGAGCUGAUCGCCAAGCUGGGAACAGAAUGAAAGACGUUCGGUGAUACUCACUUCAUCAGCUCCCAUCUGCUCAAAUUCAAGAUUUUUCUUACAGCAGCAUGUGAUAUAAAUCCUCCACAUCAGCACAAUUUAGCACAUGUUAAGUGAACCAACAGGUUUGUUGCAAAAGCUACAAGAUAUCAUCAGGUGUCUAUCAUUUUCACCAUUAUAAUUACCAAAUGUUUAAAGAAUAAGUAUCAUCCUAAGAUGUAAAGAUUUGUUGUUGAUUGUUUGUGCAUUGCUGUUUUUUAUUUUAUCUAAGAAUUUCCAUAAUUUUUUUACUGCAUGUGUUCAGGAACUGAGGGAGAGGAUGACACAGUUCCUUCUUCGUCCCAGCACACUUUCAUUUGAAUGACUUCUGUUUGAAGGCUGCAGAAAACAUAUUUAUACUGAGUGCCUGAACUGAUUGAAUUUUCUUAUUUUCUCUGUAGAGUUCAUAUUGCCUUUUCUUUUGAUGUUGUUUAUAAAUAUAUAUAUAUUCGGACUUUGCUACAUCACCCAAAAUGUACAUUGUUUUCUCUGAUUUCUGAGUAUGGAGCAUUUCUUUGAUUUGACCAUAUUCUUAUUAUGCAGUAAUUUUACCCAUGUGCCAUAUUGCUUUUUCAUUACUAAACUUUCCUGCGUGAGAAAAAUCUCCCAUUUUUUCUGGUUUUCUGUGAGUCAAGAUGUUGCUGAUGUGACUCCUUUUUUUCUGCUUAGUUCAUGGAUAAACCUUAAUUUUCUCGUUUCAAGCUGUUGCCAACUUGUACUGUAUGCAGUAUAAUUCCUGUCUGAUCAAUAUACUUUGAACUUGAAUGCGUUUGCAGUGGUAUGGCUUUCCCUGUGGUUCAUAAGGUGUUGAAGACCUGUGUUCUAGGGAGCAGAUGUUUACCUUCACGCUCGUUAAAAAACAUCCCGAUAAUUUUGUGGUCAGAACUUGAAGGAGCUGUUCUAGUCGGCCUUGGUAAAUCACAAAAAAAUGACAGAUUUUUGUAUGAAAACCUUUUGCUUCUGCACAAUCAGAUGCCAAAUAUUACGGUGACCUGAAACGGACUUUGGUGUGACUCCAUGUCCUGUCGUGAUGUCGUACUUGGUCGAAGCUGCUUUUCAAAGAAAGUCCAUUGUUGUGGUAAAAUCUGUAUAUUUUAUACUUAAUGGAAAGAACAUUCAGAGUUACGUCUCUAAUAUUUGUAUAUGUAAGAACUGAAUAUGUCCUGAUUGUAUGUAAACUGCUAUAUUUUGUGAAUUCCUGAAUAAAUGGAUAAGAUUUAA